AUGAGAAAAGUUCUUAUUCACAAGGGACAAACAUAUAAAACUCGCAGUAACAGGAGGAUAAGGGUCAAGACGCCGUCGGGAAAGCUUGUUAACCGUCGUAUUAAGAAGUACUCCAAGAAGCACAGAUGCCACGAAUGCAAUGCUGUCCUAGGAAGCAUAGCACGCAUGAGACCUGCGGAGUUUUCGCGACAGAAGGUUUCUGCAAGGCGUGUCAACAGGGCCUAUGGGGCAACACACUGCGGCAGGUGUGUCAGAGAGAAGAUAAUUGGGGCUUUCCUUGCUGAUGAGGAAAAGAUAGUUAAGGAAAAGACUGGAAUGGCUAUUAGUGGAUAA